GUUGUUUUUGCAUCGAAUAAGAAGUUCAGUUCUGCCAAAGCAAAGCCUUCGCCCAAGAGCAUCAUCGGUUUCAAAUGGUGCAGCUUGUUGUCAAGAUUGAUUGCGUUACGCUUCCCCCACCGCCUGAACGCACAUUAGAAGGAAAAGAAAAAGAGAGAACGAACGCGCACGAAACGAGCGAAGCAGAGAGUGAGAGCGAGAAAGAGAGAAAGACCGCGUAAGCAAACGCGCGAUUGUUGUGUGUGCGUACGUGCGUGUGUGCAGUGCACAGCGCAAUGUUUAUAUCGUCAUCUCGCUCUGACCGCGCGCGCACGGUACGCAUGCUAGAGCGAGCCAAACAGGGUUCAAGUUUUCCCUGCACGAAGAAGUGUGCGCGUGUGUGUUGAUUGCGAGAAGAAGAAUUUUCCGCAAACAAGUGAAAGUCCCGUUUCCAUCUCGCUUUCUCGCAGCCCGGAAGCUGUUGAUUCUGGUCGAAGGACGUGCCGGAAUCCUGGUUCAUUUUUUCCCCCGGAAACACUGUUGCUGCCACGGAAAGGAAGGAGGAAGCUUCCACACACCAUGUACCGCUGGGGAAGCUGGUGGUGGGAAGGAAGUGCGUAGCAACCAAGAUGCAGGACAGAUAGUUUCGUUUUUUUUUUGCAAUGCCUACUUAAGACAAGUCAGGACAGCGAACCACAGUAACCCCCUCCCUGGCAGGGGCACAAAGGCUCCUUUUGCAAAAGAAAAACACAAACAGCGCGGAAUGCUUCUCAAGUAAGGGGUCCGUUCGUGGAAGGUGAAAAACGCUUCACAAAAAAAAAAAGGACACGACCGUACAGCGGCAGAAGUUGUUGCCUUGUUCAGCGUGCAGCAUUGAUUUUUCCGUUACAGUUUUUUGUUGUUGUUUUGUUUUAGGUGAUUUCCGUACGAAAUUUGCUUCCCCGCCUGCAAACCGAAUCCGUGUCGAGACGAAGACGUACGUACUAAAAAAAGCAGUGCCAAAAAACCCCGUACAGGAAAAUGUAGUCGUGUCCCUUCCUUUGCAUUUGUGAAUGCCUACUUUGUGAAAGAAACAAAAAGAGCGGGCGAACGAACGGGUGGCCGGGUAGUAAGACGAGUGCAAUUGCAAAAGUGCAAUAACCCAAAAGUGCACUGCAUACUGAAUACACAGGCACCGGUUGGUUAUGAAUUUUACGAGCCGGAAAGGAAGUAGAAUUGAAGUGAAACACAAAGAUGUAAUGCUGGAGGCAGCGGUAGCGAAGACGGUGAUGAUUUGCUGGUGAAGUGCGUGUAUGGUGAGCCUUUGUUUGGGUGUUAGUUUCUGUGGACGGAAGUUUCGGUUAGUUUUAUUUAAAAAAAAGUGGAUUUUAAAGUGUUAUAAGGAUAAAGGGGGGUAAUGAUGGAUUUGUUGUGUGAGAAAAGUUAAAACGUAAGGAGUACGCAACGAACGCAGAGACACCGGUGUGCGUGAGAGCCUAGUGAAACAAGAGCCCAAGAGCCCAGGCUUGCUUCGAUUUAGUCCGCGUUGUGCAUUGUACAUUGGAACGAGCUCCGCCAUGGAAACGCUGGCAGAAACGAGCCUUCCGUCGGGGCUGCGGCGCGCGGAACCGUCCUCGCUGAUACCGACCUCGCCCGAGGGUGAACAGUCGCCCCAGAACAGCGGUUCGAUGCUGGCCAACAUCAUCGGCACCAGCCCGGGCGGUAGCAGCGGUCCGCACCACCACCACCAUCUGCUCGAAGAUCACUCCCAGUCGUCCCAGGAGGAUGGCAGCGGCAGUGUGCUCAGUCCCGGGCCGCUCGCCGAACCGGAAGAGACGAUCGAGAAUAUCGAAAAGGAGCUGAGCGAAUCGUGCGCCGAUACCGACUCACAGCCGGCGCUGGAAGCGGGCCACGGGAAGCGCAGUGCCGGGCAGGGCGCUGCCUCCACGUCGGCGGCGGCGGUGGCAACGGCAGCUGGUGGGAAGGAACAGUCGACCGGUCAGGCGCCGUCCGUGUCGAACGGUGCCAGCUUACCGAGGGUGGCCCCGAGUGGUGGCAAGCCGAAGGCGAUGCGUGACUUCGACCGGAAGAUGAACAAAUCGCGGGGGCGACCGAAACGCAAAGCAAUGGUGGCCAUGUAUCAAAGUCAGAUAAGUGAAAACAAAAUCGGAAUUAAGCUGUGUAUAAAGAAAGCAUCUGAUGCGACAGUACAACCAAAGAAACCGAUCCGCAAGCGUGCCCGUAAACCCAGGAGCCUUAACGAGGAUAGCUCGGACGAGACGUCGCCGGAGAAGCGCAACCGGCGGACCGAGAAGCCGAGGCCGAAGAAAACGAACAACAACACCGAGAAGCGGAGCGCGGAGGAAGCGUACACACCGCCCAAGGAUCAGAGCGUCUGGGCGAACGGGCUGCCCGAGUCGGUGCUGUAUACGAUUUUCAAAAACGCCGUCCAGGAGGAGGGCUGCCUACCGACGCUGAUCCGCCUGUCGGAGGUGUGCACGGCCUGGUACAAGGUGUCGCAGCAGUGCUCCCUGUGGCGCACCGUCGAUCUUGGCACGUGGGGCAGGGAUCGGUUUAAGACGGAACCGCGGCUCAAGUGGCUGAUCGAGAACCGGCUCCAGCAUGCGACCGAAGUCGGGCUGGCAAACUGGAAGGUGACGAACGUGCAGUGCGUGCUGGACAAGCUGCUGGAGGCGGCGCCCGGGCUGACCACCAUUUCGCUCGCCGGCUGGAAGGCGCUCUCCACCGACCAUCUGAUGUUUUUGGUGCAAAACUUUAAAAGCCUCCGCAAUCUCGACCUCAGCUCCGUCAAUGCUGAAGUGAACGCCAACAAGACGGCCGUCGGUCAGACGUCCCUGUGCAAUGCCAUCAAGGAAAUGGGCAGCCGGCUUACCCACCUGCAUCUGGCCCACAAUCGGCUCAGCGGCAUACCACAAAUCGUGAAAGCCCUCGCGACGCACUGUCCGAAUCUGCUACUGCUGGAUCUGUCCAACGUCAACACGGUGGCCAUGUCGCACGGCAUACUGCACAUCGAGCAGCUGCAGCACGGCUGCCAGAAGCUGAAGGUGCUCCGGAUAACCAACUCGCACAUCAACCUCAGCACGGCCUCGCUGCAGGAGCAGAUGGAAUCGCCCGGCUUUCCCGAGCUGGAGGAGCUGUCCGUGGCGUCGCUCGCGGACGAGGCGCGCCUCUUUAACGACGAGUUUCUGCAGCGCAUUCUGAAAACCAGUACAAAGCUAACGCUGCUAGACGUGCGCGGUUGCGCGCGCCUAACGCACGACAGCCUGAUCCGGCUGCCGACCUGGGACUUGAAGCAUCUCUUCCUGUCCGGCUGCUCGAUUAACCGCGACAUGGGUGCCGGGCUGGAGCUGAUCGCGUCGAAAUGGGCGCACAGCUUGAUCGAGUUCGAUCUGGCGUGGGCAAGCGCUACCAAACCGCUGGACGAUGCGCUGAAAGCACUCGCGGACAAGGGUUCUGAAUCGCCAUUGAAGUACCUCAAUCUAUGUGGAUCGUCGGUUUCGUUAGAGGCAGUGAAGGAGGUGCUCGCCAACUGUCCGCACAUUAACGCCAUCAAUCUCGCCUCGUGCCGGGGGCUGCCGCGGGGCGUCAAGCGAUUGCUGCAGGGCGCACAGGAGAUUGCCGAGCUGCGGGAAAACUUGGGCGUUACGCUCAAGUGUGCCCCCGGGGCGCAAUCGGCACUCGCCCCCUCCUCUCCCACAGACACCUAAGCGUCCUUUUUUCCCCUGCUCCUCGUUUGUGCGAUCUGCUUACCGGCACCCUGAGCGUUGGCGAAUCACCUUCCCGUGCACAUAGAAUACGUUGUAAAGUAAGUUCGAUGGUGUGUGAUAAGCAGCAGCGGGAGCAGCAGUGUGCGCGCGGCUCGGAUCAAAUUAUGGUGGCAUUAUAUCAGUGAGUGUGUGUGUAUGUGUGUCUCUGACGGAGACAGCAGUUUUGCCCGUUUUGCGGUUUUGUGCGGUGGGAGGCAACCGUUUCCCUCCCAUUGUUGGCAUUUUUGUAACAUAUUUAUAUUGAAGGUGGCUAUCAAAGCACCAUUUGUUUGUAAUUAGUUGCGCAGUGCGCAUAGAAGGCCAGGCAGCCAGGCAGCGGUGGAUAGAACGGGGUGGCUUAAUAUUUUCACUAGUUGUAGUACACUCCGCUUCACCGGUCGCACACAUCCGAUGCGUUGAAUCGAAGGUGGUGUGUACAGCGUGUACAGUGUAAGGCUUCAUCAAACCUCUAGCUAUCAAAAGACAAAACUAAAAAGCGUGUUAAACUUUGCUACCUUUUGUUCUGUAACGUAGUGCUGCGCUCGUGUGUGCGCUUCUAGUAAGUUGUAGCAAGCUAAAGGAAUUCGUGCAAUGCCCCAAACCCCUUUCGCGGCUUUUCUCCCUCAACCGCUUUACAAAUUUAAGCAGCAACAGGUGUACCUUUAUCGUUUUUUGUUUAACCAGUAGUACCUAUCCAGAGUGGCAGGCAACACACAAGCUCACAAGCUCACAAGCUAUUUGCUAUUAUGCGCUACAAAAUUUACAAACGCUCAAAACGAUCUCAAAACAUAACUAGCGACCAGCUGAUCUUAUCAACUGAUCUUAUUUACCUGUUGGAUGGAUUUUACUUUUUCUUUUAAAAAAUAUUUAGGCUUGUUGUAUUUUUACAUCAUCUGGUAGGCAAACAAAACCGAUUCUAAACAAAAAAGCUAACAUAAUAUGCAACAGGGUAACAAACAAAAAACCAGUAUAGAUUUGCAGGGACGAGAUUCGAGAAUUUGGAAACGUUUCCGUGUGCUAGAUCGGAAUCGUUUCUAUGGACGUCUCUCUCUUUCUCCCGCUUCUUCCUUUGACAAACAAAAAUGCAUUUUAUACGCGCUCGCAGCUUGUAAAUUACGUCCUUUUGCGUGGGUCCCCUUUCGCGAUCCUUCACGAAGUGAGAGUGUAGCAAUUUUGGGGUUGAUAAUUGGCAGCAAACGGCUUUUUUUGCUUUUAUUUUUAAAGCUGCGGUAUCAUUGAUCUCCACCAUGUGAAGCUUAAAUCAUUAUGGAUUUAUUUUGCUCUGCAAGGAAUCUCAACCAAGUAUUAGAAACUUUAGAAAUUUGGAAAUUUAGUGCAAUGUUUUGUUUUUAUUUAAAACAAAAAAUAUUUUAAAUUCUUUUACCGUCAUUUUUGCCGGCUUUUAAAGUACAAGAAGCGUCAUUGUGUAAAAUGUUUUAUCAAUAUUUUUAAUUUGCACUAAGCUAUACUAACUGUGUGACCCUCUUUACAAUUAAAACAUAAUUGAAAUUAUGUGUUUGAAACUUGUUUACCCUUCAUGCAAAAAGGGCUUUUUAAUGUAUGAUGCACCUCAAUAUAUUGCGUUACUUAGUUACUUUUUGUGCGCAAAAUUCAAUCAUUUUGCUCUCAUUUGUAGCAUAAAGUUAGUGUUUUUUAAAGCGUAUAAAUCAGAAUUAAACCCCUGGGUGUGAUAAUGUAUUACCUGUAACUCAACUGAACCAUUCCUGGCCAACGCGAACCUGUGCUGCUGUACCUUUCACAUCGUACCCGUGUUGUUUGCUUUUGAUUUUUGCUCUCCGACCCGCGUAACUUCUCACACACUACUUCGUGAAGGAUUCGAAUUGACCGCAAACGCAUAGAAAGGGUUUUUGUUUUGACUUUUAAGCAAACCAAUGUUGCAAUAAUGAUUUGUUUUCGGAACCAAUUAAUUAGUAACAAAUAGUGGCCGUCGGCAGCGUCCCGACUUUCUGUUACACCAUUCUGUGCGUAAAUAUCAGUUAACGAACAUAUUCACGGAAGAGAAAGGGAGAUAGACUAAAAAGAAGAAAACAGAAACAGUUUCUUUAACAUACAAGUAAUGGUAGAAGCAUAAGUAUAGUAAAACUCUGCUGUAUCGGGCCGCGUAGUGUGGUAAGAGAAUGGAUAAGUAAGGCAUAUUAAAUUGUUAUUACAAAGUGAUUGUAGUAUUCAUCUUGAAGUUAAACAGUGGGCACAAAACGGUCAAGUGAUUUUGUGUGUAUGUAUGAACGAGAGAGUAACAGAGUGAUUGUGUGUGUCUGAGAAAAAUAUAAAAAAUGAUAAGAAUAGGAAGAAAAUCUUUCAAAUAAUGGUUAAGGAUGGAUGGGAGAGUUGAAAGAGGAUUUUUUCACAAAAAUGAAGCAAAAUUCAGUUAUAAUCACUUUCCCACAAGUGCUAAGCAACAUGAACGAAGAUAGCAAUGAGAAGGGAGCGAUGAACGGGGGAAGGACAAAAGGCCGCGUGAAGGAACGGAAACUCCUUCCGCCUGAGAUUUCCCCUUUUCGUUGCGAUACAAAAAAUGACAAAAAUACGUAGAAAAACAACCAAGAGAGAGAGUGUAGAGAGUGUAGCUAAAGGAGACAAAAAAAAACAACAAAUGAAUAUCCUCAUCCCAGUUUUGAAUCAUCAUCAUCCCCCAUCCCCACACACCACCCACACACUCUCCGACGCGGGGUCAACGUUUACAAAGAGAAACCAGGUUCGCACACCGCCGUCGUUAACGUUGUAAUUUAUUUUGUUGGCUGCAGCUAGGCAGCAUUAUUGUAGCAGUGUAAGGUAUUUGAAAUAGUAAGUGCUAAAAAGCUAAGCGAAGUGAAAACAGUAAGCAACAAACAAACUAACACACAAAACAAAACAGAAAAGAAACGAACGAAAAGGAUCAUUGGAGGAUUUCUUUGUUAGCAAUGUGUGUUUGCUGCUGUUGAGAGGAGUGAAAACGAAACAAACCAGAAAAAAAGGAAGAGCAAAUGGAAUGAAAACAGAAAAGUGUGGUGGAAAUACAAAAACAAGAAACACAGACAUACAUGGCACAAGUGCUGAAAGAAGCAAUUUAAACACGUUUUAGUUGACAAAAUGAAACACACACACACACUGGAGCAAAUAUUAAAACAAAGGAAGGUAGAAAUAGAAGAAAAAACAAACUAUUUUAUAAAUCAUUUCCUUCCGGUAAUGGUAACAAGCAAACAAACAAACAAAUCCCACUUACAAAGUGUGCGUGUGUGUGUGCGUGUGGAAAGUUGUCUAAUUAGUAGGAAGAAAGUGCAAACGCAGCCCAGCAGGGAAGGUAAAUUGCGAGAAAAUUAUUAUUAUUAUUAUUAUUACUAUUCUUAAUAAGAUUAUUAUUAUCGCUAUGAUAAUUAUUAGCAUAGUUUCGUUUUAGACUUAUUGGAAAAAAAUAUAUUAUUGAAUAAAUGUGUUUUAUACAAAGUGAAA